AUGCAGAAUAUCACCUCGCCAUCACCACCACCAAGCGACUCGAAUCCCACGCAGCGCUCGGGCUUCGGCACCAACACGUCUCAGUUCUUUGACGACCCGGACAUUCUCAUGUCCACACAGCACAACAUUGGCGAAGAUACCAACACACUCCCAGCAUACCCGCACAUUCGGUCAACAGCCAAGAAGAUGAACACUUGGGCACCGUUCCGCUCCCAGCAGGUCCAGCCGGAUACAUCCAUGGUAAACAAGGAGUUCGGCGACUUUGACCACAGCAUAUCAGACGAGGAAAGCAUGGCCGUAGAACAGGCACGAGGUAACCGCAGCAACCGCGGUACUCCCAGCAAGAUGAGCUCUCAGUUUAACAGCCUUUACGACAUCACACCCCCCACCAACCGGUCGCGCAAGUCAUACCAGGCAGAGACUGGUAGCCUUCGACGCGACGCGGCAAUCCGACGCGCCUCACGCAACGACCUUGAUACUGCAUCGCCGCGUCCUGCAAGCAAGCGCAACUCCCCCGCCCUCUCUACCAAGGAAGACCGCAAGCGUACUUCUCUCGCACAGCUGCACGCGAAGCUAUCGGAGGACGAGUCAUCGUUUAUGGAGCACCGACCACCAACACUGACCAUGGAGUCGGCCAAGAACACGCGCUGGGGCAACAGGAGCCGACAGACCUCCCUCCAAACUGACGGCAACGUCGACCCGCCGCAAUCAAAAGGCACAUCUCGCUCCAGACCGGCCACAGCACAGAACGCGACUGCGCAGUCGUUUAUUCUGCCCGACAUCCCCAACCUUACCGAGCUUGUCUCUGGCGUCUUCGACGAUGGCACACCAGUCUUUUCCAAGACCGCACCCUCAAGAUCACGCUUCGCUGCUCCUCCAUACGGUGGUCGCCGACCAUCGCAUAUUCCCAUCGACGGCGCGCCCAUUCCUGAUGAAGAGAAGGCCAUCUUCGCUGCCCUCCAGCAACUACAGGAGAAGAUUGCAGACAUGGAGCGUGAGCGUGAGGAGAAGGACAAGAAGAUGGAUGAGCAGGAACUGGAGCUGAUCGAGCUGAGAGCGACUACACAAGCUCAAGAGAAGUUGCGACGAAGCGACAGCGCGCAGGACUCUGAUGCUGGCGGAAAGAGCGGCUGGAAGGUCGAGAAGACGCGUCUUGACGCGACAGUACAGACCCUCCGAACCAAGCUUGAUCGCGCCGACCGCAAAUUCGCCGUACUCGAAAUUGAGAAGAAACGCCUAAGCACCGAGCGCGACAACAUGGCGAACCAGCUUGGGGUCGCAUUCCAGACCUGCGAAGAACUUAAGACCGAGAAGAACGCAUUGAGCCACGAGAACGAGCAGCUCCGCCAGGAGAUUGACAACCUUCGCGAACAACUCGAGCAAGACCAGUCACACCACCGCGAAGAGACAACUCAGCUCCGUCAGCAGUUCGACCAAGCCGCGAAUGCGACCCAGAGGGAGAACGCCAACCUACAUGCCGAGUUGGCUCGCGUACGCGCUCAACAGGACGAGAACACCCAGCAGUUGACUCGUAGGGAUAUGGAACUGCGAAAGGCGCGUCAAGAGCAUGCUGAGUAUGCCCGUUUGAAGUCCGACCACGAGUCGCUCAAGGCUCAAUUGGCAGAAUUCAAGGCAAAGCGCGAAGAGGAGGCUCAGCGCUGGUCUCGUCAGGAAGCUUCGUUGCGAGCUCAGGUUGGCCGACGUGACGACACCAUCCGACACUUCGAGGAUAUGACACAAGAACGUACCAACGAAGCCAUGCGUUUGGACAAUGAGAACCUCCGAAAUGAGCUUCGCGAACUGCAAGCCCAGCAAGAUGAGGAAAAUGAGGAGUGGGCCAGGAAAGAGGCGGAGUUGCAGCGAAAGAUUCGCCAGCGUGAGAAUGCUCGCAAGGCUAGGGACAGCGAACAGCACUUCGACGAUACCACCGGCCCUGUUUCGAGAACUAGGGAUACGGAGCACAUCUUCGAAGACACUCUACAACGCAAGCCUAGCUACCGCCGCGAGGACACACGCACACGCAUCAGGAACCGUGUUCAGCAAGAAGUCCGCAACAGCAAGGUCGCUGGAGUACCAAACCAAGAGAGCCCGCGGAAGUCGUUUACCGGACAUUCGCGAUUCUCAACCCGCAGUGUGUCAGCACCUGUUCCCGCGGACAAGCACGCUCGCGCCGAGAGUGAUGUGGAGUCGACAACCGAUCUGUCUCUUGCACCUCGCGCAACUCUUCGCAUCUCACGGAACCCCACUUCUACGAGACAGACCACGACCGUUCAGCCUCCUGCCGACCUGAGUCUGACAGAGUUGAGCUUCUUCCCUCAGGAAGAGAUUGCUAGGCUUCGACGAUCUCUGGAAGAACAGCGAGCUGCCGAGCGCCAUGGUGCUUCAUCUGCCAGGACUGAAGAGCCAGUCCGCGAGGAUACCGUUCGCUCGCAGCGCCAGACUCGGGAAGAUACCGUCAGGUCAGUCGCUUCUGCUAAGAGCGAACGACGACCCUCUCUUGUGCGCAAAUCGUCACUCAAGGACACCACACAGCGCACCACCAACACUAAUUUCGAGGAAGACACUGGCAACAUGUCGAACUUAGACGCCGACGCUGAAGCCACCCAAACAAAGCAGUCAGCCAUUGACGCGUCUAUGCUCAGCAACACCAGCCGCAGACGCCGCAGCGCUCCCACCGAAAUGACAUCCGCAUUCAUCCUCCCCGACAUCAAGCUCAGCUCCACAAACCAAACCAACGCUUCACGCAAACCCAUCACCAAAGACCACGACAACGACAACUGCACCGUCUGCCGCCGCGAAGGCUACACCACAGCCACCGGCCCCCUCCGCGUCCCCAAACUCGUCUCAGCUUCUUCCCCCACAGCCGACGAACCCGAUGCCACCCUCCGUCCCGCACAAUCCCCGCGCGAAGCCCUCGCCCUCGUCGUCAAAGGCCUAAAAGACGAACGCGUCCACCUCUGGGCCGAGCUCGCCGUCCAAGCCGCCCUCCUCGAGCAGCACGACCCUAGUCUGGGUAAGCGCCGCCGCGACGCCCUCAACGCCUCGAUCCAAGACCUGCACCGCCGUCUCGAAUGGCUCGACAUGCAGAUCUACCGCUUGCACGACGUGCUCGAAGGCCAAAAAGCCGAUGAGUUAACUGAAGCGGAAUUCGAAGACCUCACCCAAGAAGUCCUUGUUCAACAGUCUGAACAAGAGCAAGAGCAAGACGGAAACACGGAGAAAUCGGUAACUACUGGUGGAAAGAAGAAGGCGAAGAAAGUUACGAUCCGCAGCUUUGUCGAUGAGGAUGAGGAUGAGAGUGUGGAGCUGAGGCGUAGUGCGGCGCAACAGGAUCACGGGGCGGAGGAGAGUGGUGAUGAGACGCAUGAGCUUCCUUGGGAGGGGUUUGGUGAGGAGAGUAUGGAGGGGGAUGUUAGUUUUAAUGCGCUGGAGGGGUGGAGGGCGAGUGUGCAUUAA